AUGGUUGAAUUCAUAGAAAAUUCAGAUGAUCCUAGCUCACCAUCAUUUGAUAAAGCUUCAUAUUUAGCAAAUGAAUUUUUUUUCAGUAUGGUACCAUGCUAUGUAUUCUUAAUAACAGCUGUAAUUAGAUAUUUUCGUGUAAAGGAUAAGCCAAAAAAGUAUCACGAAUAUGUUUUUGAAGAUACUUUAGUGUCAUUUUAGAUUAAGUUAAGAAUCUCAUAGUUUAUGGCAUUUACUUAUCUUGUUUCUUUAGUUUUAGGAUUAGUUAGUCCAGCACUGCUAUUUUUUGGGGCAUAAUUUGGAUGGAUAAAUUUUUUAUAUAUUUUUGGAAUCAUAGCAUGGAUAGUCUCUGUUGAACUACUAAAAUUUGAAUAUGUAAGAGAGUAAAAUUAAGGAUUAUAUGGGCAUAGAGUUUUUUGGAUAUUUUCGUUUUGUUUUAAUGUGUUACGCCUCUUUUAAAGCCAUAUGGCCCUAUUCAAUAUAAUUAUCAGUGUAUCUAGAUCUAUUCCAAAUUUUGUUCUUUUGAUGUAUGGCAUGUACAAACCGUUUGACAAAGCUUCAUAGGAAUUCGAUGAGGAAACACCAACAUUUGCUCGUUUAUUUUUUGAAAAAUUUGAAAAUAAUAGAAUUAUAUCAAAGAUCCUUUGGUACACAAUAGUGGAUCGCUCAAAAUAAUCUAGUAUCCACCAGCAUCUUAUUGAAGACAUAGAAAUGAAGGAUUAACCAAAUGGUUUUGCUGUUUUUGAAAUUACUGAAAAUGAAGAUUUUGAGGUUACUCAAAGCAGUAUUGAUCAAGAAAGAAAACUCUUUAAUUUUUUACCAAGAAGGAAUGUUACAGUCAGCUUGAAAUCUGAAACAAGAAUAGAAGAAGGAUAACAAAAAGUGUAUUAUCAAGUAAUUACCACUAUCGAUAAUAACCCUUAUAGUGUUUUUAAAAGAUUCAAUGAAUUUUCUUUGGUUUGUGCUGAUUUAAGUGAAAUUUAUGACCAUAAAAAUUAUCCUAAGUUAGAUAAGAAUUUUCCUAUUUUGGUGAAAGACGAUUUUAAAGACAAAGAUCGUGAAAAGAAAAGAAUAUAAGCUAUAUAAAAUUGGUUAAAUGAGGUAUUUAAAUACCCAUUUUUCAUGCAUAAAAUACUUUUGGAUUUUCUUAAUGUGGAACAAAAAUUAUAAAACCCAUUUAUAGUCUAUUUUAAGCAUGUUUCUGUUAUGAAAGGGAACAAAAACCCAAUUUUAGAAAAGCAAAAAAAGGAAUAAGAGAAAUAAGUUAAUAAAACAAAUACAACAAAUUAAGAUUAUGGCGUUAAUUAUGAUGAUCAUUUCAUGUAUCUUGAAAAGCAAACUAGAUUACUUAGAAAUAAUAGCACAGUUCAAGAUUUAUUGCAUGUUUCCAAGAUUAUCAAAGCUAGAAAAGACUAAUACAAUUUUGAAAUUAGUUGCAAAAAUGCAGAGAAGUCUUAAUAUGGAAAUACUCUACAGUAUUUGUUUGAAGUAACUUUCAUUCCAAAAUAGGGGUAAAAACAAAGGUGGACAAUAAGUAAGACAUUCACUGAAUUGAGGGAAUUAAAUGAUUAAAUACAAGAGGAGCUAUAAAUUAAUGUUACUUACUACAGCAGUAUUUAGUCUAUAAUGAAAAUCAAAGAUUCUACUGACAAGUAAGAUAUUAAAAAGAAAGUAGAAGCUGUCAAUUAGUAUAUGUAAUCUAUUUUGAAGCAAAAGUCCUUCUUUUGCAAGCCACUAUUUGAUUUUAUUGAAUUCGAUCCACAAAAGGAAAUUCACUACAACUCUAGGAUGUGCACACCAAGACAAACUAUUCUUAACAGUGAAAAUGAAGCAAUGAUAGCACAAAUGCAAGGUUCUAGUACUUUGUCAUAAUAUUAAGGAAUAACUGAUGAAAGAGAGCCAGGUUUGAAGACAUAGUAUAAUAGCGGUUUGAAGGGAGUCAAUCUUUUAAAGGAAUUCAAUUUAAUUAAUGAAUCUGAUUUUUAAAGAAACUAGCAAAUAUUAGAACUGAGAGACAACUCGAAAGAACGCUUUGUUUAUGGAAUAAAUUUAAAUAGAGUUAUUAUCUCUGUCUAAAAAAUAAUGACUAAAUAAAUUUAAUCAGCCUAAUUUAAAAAUGAAACGAGACUAGUAACACAAUAUCUCAUUCACUUAGAAGAAUAUGAUUCUUUUGGUGUUAUAAUUAAAUAAAUUAAAUUGCUUAAAUACUAUAACCAAAUUAAGUAAUUAGAUGAAAAUCUCAAAUAUGUCUAUAGGAACGUUGAUAUGAAUUAUCCUUAAAUUCCUUAUGAUAGAACUCCUUCUAAUUAGUUUAUAGCUGAUGAAAUGAAAAAAGAGUUCGAUUUAUACUUUGAAGGAAUUCUUAAACUUAGUUUUGUUGAAGAGAAUAGCUCAUUUGAAGGAUUCUUCCAUCUCAAAGAAUUAAUAAAUGUUAGAAAAAUUAGUCAAACUGGAAUUAUUACUUAUGAUUUCUCUCUAAAUGAUGAAAAUUGA